AUGACUAUCACAAAGGCUCAAGGGCAAACUUGUGAACGUUUGGGUAUUGAUUUUAAUGACGAGCCCUUUGCCCAUGGGCAAUUAUAUACAGCCUUAUCACGUGCCCGAAGUGGCGAUUUUAUUAAAAUUUUUGCUCCGAAAAAACCAAAUAAUGAUGGAAGUAUUUCUAUAAGAAAUGUUGUUGCUAAUGGAAUUUCUUUUGAUUAA